AUGUCGCGAACACUGUCUCCACGGAAGCAUCUCCAACCCGAGACCUCUCAAGAUCCAUGGAGAUCCGACAACCCAUUCGGUCCACCUCAAAUUCCUCGCUCUAUCCCCGGUGGGAUCAAACGAAUUCAAAACACACUAUCCAAACUCUCACCAUCCGCCUUCGCGGAGAAGGAACUCCUCCGAAAAAAGAACCAGUACAAAACCCCCCUGACGCAGAGAAACGUCGACAACUUGGUCACAGAACAAGAAUGCAACGAGGCCUACAAGCCUAAUAUAAAUUCGCCCGAAAUCCAAGUCACUGAAUGGCUACGACAAGUCUCGGGGUGA